AUUACCGUACACAUCUCUGUAAACUGAUUGACUAGUAGAAGAAAAAGUUUAAAUAUCUUUUAGCUGGUGGUAACCACAGACCUUAUUUCAGGCAUUCAACCAACAACCCUUUCAAAAACCUCAUUGACUUUGAGACGAGAAAUGCUAAGUUUUUAUUUUUAACUCCACAGCUAGCUAAGUUUUAACGACCUUAACUGACCCACCUAUUGAAACACGUUACCUUGGAUAAACUUGUGGAUUCCUCCAGGUAUGAACAUUGUUGGAAACAUUUGGGACAUAUUAUACAUUGAAUUAAAGCAAAAGAGAAAGUCAGCAAGAAGAUAUUUUUACACAGCUGUUUGUUAGAAGUUUAAUUCACAUUAUAAUGACAGAACAUGAUGUCUACUGUCCUCAUACAGUGAAUUUUAGAGAUGAUAUUUCUCUGUUUUGGUAAAAAUUGUGUAAACCAUAAAUGUAGAUAGUAAAACCUAAAUCGAAACUUUGCACACCAAAUGACAAAAAAUAUUUUCGUAAAAAGCUUCACAGUCAUUCACAAAAAGAAAACUGACUUGCAGGUUUUAAACAACAUCAUGUGUUUGACAUGUCAGACUAAGAAAGUUUCCUGGUGCGAUGAACAAGUCUGAAUGUAUAAGCAACAUUUCCAACAACAGUCUGGUUUUGAUUUUUCCAACUUGACUUCGUGGAAUCAGAACAAAAUGCAACAUUCAUUCACCCCCUUCUUUAUCACUUAUUUACUCAUGCUGGCAACUCGAUUCUUCAUAAAUCUUUCUCGGUCUUGGUUUCUGAUGAGUUGUUCAUGAGUCACGCUGUUGAUUUCAUUUAUUCAAAGACUGCCUCUCGUUGCUGCAGCACGCUGUUCUGCCCGAGCUGCCGACACAUGUUGUUCCGUUCAGGCGAAAGUCUUGACAUCGUCUCGCUUCCCAACCUAUCACGGAAGUGUCCUCUGGAUAAUGAGCUCUACACGCCUCCCCUCCACUCCCCACAUCGCCCGCUGCCUCCCUCCCUCACCCCUCCAGUCACCCCUGAUCAACAGUUUUCACAUUGUUAAUCACUUAUGUCAGCUUCUGGUAAUUAUAGACAAUUAAUCAUGUGUGAUUCACUGUCUCUCUCUCUCUCUCUCUCUCUCUGACUCUCCAGCAGCAUUGUGCUCUACGCCGUGUGAGCGAGAACGACAGAGGUGAAACUGCCUUUAUUAAGCAAGCAGCAGCAGAGAGUGAACUCCCCAAUGAUAAGCUGCAUGUUGCAGUGCUCUGGCUUACACUUCCUUGAGGCGAGCGAUAAAGGCCAGGUGGAGAUUAAAUUACAUUAAUUCCGUCGCCAAAAGCCCUGACCCAGAAUGACUUACAAGACAAGGAGGAUGGAGUGAUGAGCUGUGGUGAAACUACUGCCAAAGCACUGAAAAAUGAAUUAACCAUCGGUGUCGCAGCACACUGUGGUCCCUAACCUGCCGUGUAAAGUCAACAACCUUUAACACGAGGCAAAAAAAAAGGGGGGGAGAGGCGAAACACAAGAAACAAUCUGAGGAGAGAAUGAUUUAAUACUGGUGAAAGCUUCUGAUAGCUAGAUAAUGUUUACAUCUUGAAAUAAGGACUUUCCACAGCACAGUAAUAACUUAAAAUUAUUAGUCAGUUUUCUUUAGCUACCAUGAGUCGCUAAAUACCAACAGAUACGACUUCGUAAUCAAGAAACCAAGUGACUGUCUUCCCUGCCUGUGGAGGCCUGCCCUCACACAACUCAAGCUAAACGCUGUUGUGUUUAUAUUCUGGGAUAACAAUGCAUUUCAGACUGUUGGUUGUUGAAUUGGUGAGAAUUUAACUGACCUGUAGAAGUGACAGAAACUAGUUGGGAACUUAAAAUCGCCCGAUUAGCCGACAUUAAGCAGAAACCAGUUGGAAGUUUCCUGGAAAUGUAUGAAAGACUUUACCGUAAAUUUACUGGAAAAUAGCAGAAUGUUAUCAAUAAAUAAUAUUGGGGUAGAUUUAGAUCAAUUUUGGUGUAAUUAUUGUGGUAAUCUGGGGUUUAUUUAAAAUAAACCCUCUGCAUCGUAUCGUAGCUGAAUGUUUUCCGUCAUCUUUCAUUUUUUCAUCUGCUCCCACCCAAAACUAUUAACGGUUGGGUUUUUUUUUUUUUUUGGUUUGUUUUUUUUGAAAAACAACAGAAUCUACACACCCAGUCUGGCAAACAUGGAUAUGCAAACACCGUGUUAUCAACAUGCACAGUUAUCAGCCAGUCCAUUAACCAGGCUGACUGUAACCUUGCCUGCGAUACUCUCGACUCUCUUCCGGGGCCGCUUGUAACAGUCGGCGCUGUACAGCAGAGAGCUCAGAAGCUCUGUGAGUUCAGUCCAGUGAAGAUGUUCUCCACGCUGCCAUUGUUGGUGCUUAUAAGCACAAUAGGAUGUGUGGAGCUGAUCACAGUCAGCACUCCGCAUAAAUAUGUCAACGUGACGACGGGUGGCAGCGUCCUGCUCCAGUGUACGUUUGACACCAUUCAGCAGACCUCCGGCCUCCUCAUCCAGUGGGACUUCGUUUCAAGGUCCGACAUGACGCCACAGCAGGUGUAUUACUAUCAGUCAGGAAAAGAAAUUAUCGGAGAUGAAUACAAGAGCAGGCUGCAGCCGCCGCCGUCUCCCGCCACGACCAGGAACGCCUCAAUAAUAAUCAGCAACAUGCAGACAUCAGACGCCGGAGUCUACACCUGCGAUGUUCACAACAUCCCUGACGUGGACGGGCAGACUCAGGUCAACAUCAUGGUGAAUGUCCUGGAGAGGCCCUCUUCUCCGUACUGCUCCGUCCACGGGGAUGUGGAGUCGGGUCACCUGGUCACUCUGACCUGCCACAGCGAGCGUGGGAGCCCUCAGCCCAAGUACACCUGGACCAGACUGGAUCAGACCAAGACGAGGAGGCCCAUCCUGGGAAAAGUGACCACGACCGGAAUCCUGGAAAUCCGAAACAUCUCCCAGUUUGAGUUCGGGGAGUACCAGUGCAACGCUUCAAACGCUGUGGGAUUUGCAGUUUGCGCCGUAGAGCUGAACCCCGAUGUGUCAGAUGGAGUGAUUGCUGGCGCUGUGAUCGGCGCGUUGCUCGGCUUCGUCCUGAUCCUCCUGGCUGUGUGGUUCAUCGCUCACUCCGUCAAGAAACACAAGUACAGAGCGGUGAAAGCGGCCGAGGGCAACGAGAUGAAGCGGAGCGCUCCGCGGGCCCAGGGAGCCUCUGACGGCGUUGCCGUGGCAACCACAGCCGGCAGCCUCCACGCUGAGGAGGAUGAGCCGGGAGCCUAAAGGAAAAAAAUAAAAAACAGCUGGAGCGACGUCAGAGCAACAGGAAGUCCGCGAUGUUCAGGCUUCAACAUGCGUCAUCCUCAAAGGGAAUCAGUGGGACGGAGCUAAUGUUUGAAGAUUGAAGUGUUUUCUGAAUCUGGAGGGUUUCUGUUCUUAUCACUGAUCGAAUCUUUAACACCUUUUUUUUUUCAUGUGACUUUUUAUUUCUGCUUAACAUUGGCUUAAAUGUAGACAUAAUGUUUUAGUGCUUUUUAGAGCUUCUACAGGACAUUUAUGUAAAUGUGAUAUUCCAUUUUUUUGUCAUGUACAAUGACUUUUUUUUUAAAUAAAGAAAGACAUUAUUGUGUUUAAAACACUCAAUUUUAAGUCUUCACAGUGAUAAAACACCUGAAGUAAAAAUAUUACAAUUGGCUAUCGGGUCAAUACAAACGUGUUUGACGUGUAAUUAUUUUAUGUAAAAACCUGAUUGAAUAAAAGAGCAUGUUUUCCAGUCGCUGAGUCAUGGAGCUCUUUCCUGUCUGGACCAUAACUGUAGAUAUCAAGUGUCAUCUAGGUGGCAGCAAAACACACAGUGAAGCCUCACACUGUGAUGCUGCAGCUCUCAUUCAGGUUCGAGGCCCUGAGAUCUCCAUGGAGAUUUCAUUGUGUGUGUUUCUUUGGUGAUAUCAAAUCUUUUCAAAGGCUGAGUGACGUGAAAUCAAACUGUCCUAUCGAGCACUGUGACAUGAGCCCGACUGUCGUCCCCGUCUUGUCCGUUCAACAGGAAAUCCCUCCGUUAAAGAGAAGACUGAAGUGUCAGAUACUCUUUUCCUGCAGACUCUCCUUCAAAAUAAGAGUUCACUUUUCAAUAUCUUGGCCAGUGCACAUGUGUAGUCUUCAUAUAAUUCACCAAUUUUUGUAUUACUUUAUAAAAGAUUAAGAGGGAAACUGUGGUGACAGCUUGCAGGGGGAUGAGUAAAAAAGCCAGGAAUCACUGCUGUGGAUGGAUUACUCAUCAUUUUUGUAUUUCACCAUAAAUAAAUAAGAAUGUUAACAGCUUGACACAGCUAAAUAUAUAAACGUAAUACAAAACAACCCUGCUGUCUCUCUGCCAAUACCACAGUUGUAUGAUUAUUCAACACCUUCAAUAUGUUUCCUGUAGGAAAGCUGGUUGACAUCUUUAUGGAGCCAGAUGGGGAAUCGACUAGCACCAACAUAACUUGGCUAAAACUAGCUUUUCGCAUUCUUAUUUGCAUGUAUAAUGCAAAGAGUCUGCACAGCCAUAAUGUCCCACAUAUUGUUUUGUCCAUUAUCAUGCUCAAAUACAGGUUGGUGAUGGUUAUGUGUGGCAGAAAUUUGGGACAGAUUCACUAUCUUUAUCCACUGAAGGCACAAUAUUUUUGUCCCAGAUUUCUCUGAUGGUUUUAUAAGGUAUAUAAGGUAUACAUUUCAGAUAAUAGGUCAAAAAUAAACUUAAUUAACAUAUUGUGCAAAUAUGUAAAUUUGAUUAGUCACUGCCAGAUCUAAUUCCUUACAUUUGGUCCUUUGAAGAGAGGCUGUCGAGUUUAUAUCUCAACAUUUGGAAGGAACAGCAUGAAAUGUUGCACAGACGUUUAACGACUCCCGGAGGAUGAGCUGUAAUGGCUUCGGUGUAAUUAGCUGUAACUGUUAUGCAUUUUUCACGAGCUUACAUGA